AUGCGACAGAACCGUGAGAGUCGAGAUGAAGACGUGACGUGGAAACUUCCGGAAACUGAGGUGAGAGAAACAUGUCUGAGUCUGAGCUGGAGACCGGUGGAAUCGCCCCAGUGCAUCAUGGGACUCAGCUGCUUCAAGUCCUGGAAACACGACCGCACUCGUCACAAAGGGAACAGAGACGUCCUGGCCAGUCCUGGAUCAUACUUCUUUCUGUCGAACAGCGCGGGUCAAGGCGACGAGUGGCUGAAGACGCUGAACCGCGGAGUCUGGAUCCCCUUCACAGGGGUGUUUGGUCAGAGGCUGGAGGAGACCGUCCUGUACGAGCGUAAAUACGGCGUGCGUCUGGUGCCCCUGGUGGUGGAGCAGUGCGUGGCCUUCAUCCGGGACCGGGGUCUGCACGAGGCCGGACUGUUCGUGCAGCCAGGGCAGACGUGGCUGGUCCAGGAGCUGAGGUUAGCGUACGACUCAGGGCAGCGACCCCUGUUCGACAGUACCACAGACGUCCACACGGUGGCGUCGCUGCUGAAGCUGUAUCUGCGACAGCUUCCGGAGCCUCUGGUGCCGUACAGUCACUACCAGCACUUCCUGCAGUUAAGUGACAACGACCACACCAUCGACCACGUCACCAUCAACAACGACACCAUCAACAACACCAUCAACAACACCAUCAACAACACCAUCAACAACGACACCAUUGACAAUGACACCAUCGACCACGUCACCAUCAACUACGACACCAUCGACGACACCAUCAACGACGACACCAUCGACGAUGACACCAUCAACGACGACACCAUCAACGACAACACCAUCGUCGACGACACCAUUGACAACGACACCAUCGACGAUGACACCAUCAACAACACCAUCAACGACACCAUCAACAGCGACACCAUUGACGAUGACACCAUCGACCACGUCACCAUCGACCACGUCACCAUCAACUACGACACCAUCGACGACACCAUUGACGAUGACACCAUCGACCACAUCACCAUCGACCACGUCACCAUCAACUACGACACCAUCAACGACACCAUCGACGACGACACCAUCGACGACGACACCAUCGACAACGACACCAUCGACAACGACACCAUCGACGAUGACACCAUCGACGACGACACCAUCGACGACGACACCAUCGACGAUGACACCAUCGACGACGACACCAUCGACGAUGACACCAUCGACAACGACACCAUCGACCACCUCACCUUCGACAACGACACCAUCGACCACGUCACCAUCAACGAUGACACCAUCGACCACGUCACAAUCGACAACAACACCAUCGACGACGACACCAUCGACGACGACACCAUCAACGACAACACCAUCAACGACGACACCAUCGACGACAACACCAUCAACGACACCAUCAACGACAACACCAUCGACGAAAACACCAUCAACGACACCAUCGACGACAACACCAUCAACGACAACACCAUCGACUGA